AUGAUCCGCUUCGACAACCUGCCGCCAGAGGUCAUGCAGGCCAUGUGCACGCCCAUGCACCUCAUCAUCCCGCCCUCCGCCGCCUACCACACCGGCGCCCUCUACCUCGGCUCCUUCUCCGCCGUCCUCGACGACCCCCUCCUCGACCAGCACCGCAUUGCCGCCCUCGUCCAGGUCCUCGACGCGCCCUGGGUCCCCGACCACACCGGCGGCUCCCGCCCCAUCGACUGCUACCGCCUCGACAUCCUCGACUCGUCCUCCGCCGAUAUCCGGCCCCACCUCGAGCAGGCCGUCCGCUGGAUCGACGACCGCCUCCGCAAGGGCGUCAACGUGCUCGUGCACUGCCAGCAGGGCGUGAGCAGGAGCGCGGCGAUCGUCAUUGCGUACCUCAUCUACACGCAGAACAUGACCUACGAGACCGCGUUUGAGCUCGUCCGCCGCAAGCGCGCGUGCAUCAAGCCCAACUCGGGCUUCGUCAGGGCGCUGCAGGAGUGGGAGAAGCGGUGGAGGAACGUCGGCGCGGACACCCGCCCGCCUAUGCGCAGGGCCUCCACGACGCCGCGGUAG